UAAUAAUAAUAAUAAUAAUUCCUUUGUGAACUCACGCAAUUGCAUUUUACUAAAACGUAUAUGAAAUCGCAAACAAAAUUAGUCAGAAAAUGUAUAAAAUAUGGUUAUAGUGAUCUAUUUUUGGUUUUAUUUUAGCCUAUAUUAUUUGUUAGAUAUUUAUUAAAUUUUCAAAUUCCAUGCUAAUUAACACCUAAUUUGUUGGGUGGGUAGAGUAGACUCUCCAUUAAAUUAAUUAUAUAAAAAAUAAUCAAAGGGCAGAUUAAUUCAUAAUAACCAGAAAGGAGAGAGGUCUCAGUUCUCUGUAGAGAGAGAGAGAGAGAGAGAGAGAGAGAGAGAGAGACUGGUAAGGGAUCGAAUGGCGGCGGAAGAGGCAGCGGCAGUGCCACUGCUGACGGAGAACACCGGCCCGGAGGAGGAGGAUAAGGACUACGAGGCAGUGGUGAGUGUGAGGGACGUGCGUAAUGUGUUCUGGAAAGAGUCCGUCAAGCUAUGGACGAUUGCGGGUCCAAUCAUUUGCACCAUUGUCUGUAACUAUGGCAUCAAUUCCCUCACCAACAUUUUCGUCGGCCAUAUCGGUGAGCUUCAGCUCUCUGCCGUUACCAUUUCUCUCAGUGUUAUCGGUACCUUUUCCUUUGGUUUCAUGCUUGGAAUGGGAAGUGCGUUGGAGACGCUAUGUGGUCAAGCUUUUGGAGCUGGACAAGUCCACAUGCUUGGGAUUUACAUGCAGCGUUCAUGGCUGAUAUUACUAGUCAGCUGUUUUUUCCUCUUGCCCUUUUAUAUUUUUGCUGCACCAAUUUUGAAGAUUCUUGGCCAAGCAGAUGAUGUUGCUGAUCUUGCAGGAAAGUUCACCAUUUUAGUUAUUCCUCAGUUAUUCUCACUUGCUGUCAAUUUCCCAACUCAGAAAUUCCUUCAAGCACAGAGCAAAGUCAAUGCUCUAGCAUGGAUUGGCUUUGUGGCUAUGGUUCUUCAUGUUGGACUGCUCUGGCUCUUCAUUUACUUUUUCAAUUGGGGUUUGACUGGUGCAGCUGUGGCCUUUGAUCUCACCAGUUGGCUCAUUGUCAUAGCUCAAGUUGUGUAUGUGAUAUGUUGGUGUAAUGAAGGUUGGAGUGGUUUUUCAAUGCUGGCAUUUAAGGAGUUAUGGGCAUUUGUCAGGCUCUCUCUUGCUUCAGCUGUCAUGCUUUGUCUUGAGAUUUGGUACUUGAUGAGUGUGAUUGUUCUCACUGGUCACCUUAAAAAUGCAGUGAUUGCUGUUGAUUCCCUUUCUGUGUGCAUGAAUCUCAACGGAUGGGAAGCCAUGUUGUUUAUUGGAAUCAAUGCAGCCAUCAGUGUCCGAGUUUCGAAUGAGCUAGGAAUGGGGCGUCCAUUGGGAGCCAAAUACUCUGUAUAUGUGACAGUAUUUCAGUCUCUCCUAAUUGGUAUAUUCUUUGCAGUAGUAAUUUUGUUAACCAAAGAUGACUUUUCAGUCAUCUUCACCAACAGCAAGGAAGUGCAAGAAGCUGUGUCUCGCCUCGCAUAUCUUCUCGGUAUCACCAUGCUUCUCAACAGUGUCCAACCAGUCAUUUCAGGUGUUGCUAUUGGAGGUGGUUGGCAAGCAUUGGUGGCUUACAUCAACUUAGGAUGUUAUUACAUUUUCGGGCUUCCAUUGGGAGUUCUUCUUGGAUAUACAGCAGGCCUUGGAGUCAUUGGACUAUGGGGAGGCAUGAUAUGUGGAACUGCUCUACAAACCUUGUUGCUCUUGAUUGUACUAUAUAAAACCAACUGGAACAAAGAGGUGGAACAAACGACGGAACGCAUGAGGCUGUGGGCUGGUCAAGACGUUAUUGAGAAGCCAGCUGAUCAACAUAUAUGAUCUCAUUUUCAUUUUCUUUUUUCUUUUAUAUAUAAGAAAUUAGUGAAGGAUUUUCCAUUGUUAUGGUUCAAAACAGUAGUAGAUUUUUGGGUGACACUAACCAGCAAUGCUUCUCAUUUUACUCAUGUUAAGCGGAUCUGUUUUGUAGUUCUCUUUCAAUCUCUAAAUAUAUAUAAGAAAGUGCUACUGUUAAUUUUUUAUAACAA